AUGGUUCAUAUCUCUUUCGCUACCUUGACCGUCAUCGCCGGCGUCCUUGCCCAAACCGCGCUCGCUGCACCUUCUGAAAAACGGGCAGCCAGCUGCUCGUUCCCGAACCCAUCUUCAUCCACCGACGUCAAGUUCGAUGCCGCUCGCACCAUCAAGGCCGGCGAGUCCUUUGACGGCAAGAACCUCCGCUACCACCGCGGUGUCACAUGCGGUGGCCAGAAGGAAGGUGGCGACAAGGAUGCUGUCUUCCUGCUCGAGUCCGGCGCUACCCUAUCCAAUGCCGUGAUCGGCAAAAACCAAAACGAGGGCGUCCACUGCAAGGGACCUUGCACCAUCCGCAACGUCUGGUUCGAGGACGUAUGCGAGGACGCAAUCACCAUCAGGCAGAGCUCCGGUACGACCACCAUCACCGGCGGAGGCGCCAAGAACGCCGACGACAAGGUCAUUCAGCACAACGGGGGAGGUCUUGUCAAGAUCGACUCGUACUGCGUCCAGGACUUCGGCAAGCUCUAUCGAUCGUGCGGCAACUGCAGCACGCAGGUGAAGCGCGAGGUGCAGAUCAGCAACAUCAUCGCUCGCAACGGCAAGGUGCUCGCAGGCGUGAACUCGAACUACGGGGAUGUAGCGACGAUCGACACGAAGACGAACUCGUACACAAGCGUCAAGUCGAUCUGCAACACGUACCAGGGCAACGACAAGAGCCAGGAGCCUCCUAUGCUGACGGAGAACAAGUCGAAUGCCAAUAACCACUUUGCUAAGCCGUCUGUGCCACGUGACAUUACACACGUCCCUGGAGCUGAUGAUCGAAAUUCGAACGCGCCUUCCCGCCACCAUUAUACCAUGUUUAUCACUCCAUCCAAACGAAAAGCUGGAGAAGGCGAGGAGCCCAAUGGGAAGAGAGCGAAAGAAGAACCAAACUCAGCAAAUACUUCAUACGCCAAAAAGAUCUAUUACCAAGUACUCUGGAGAGCCCCCCAGACAAAAAAGCACAAGACCUGGGAUGGCGACGGUGUAAUAGUCAUUACUGGUUCAACCUAUGAGCUUCUGGAUGAGGAGGCUAAGACCCUCGGUAGCGGGAAGAUUCUUGGGGAGCUCGUAGAGGGGGCGGAAAUUAAACUUGGUGGCAGAGAGGUACAAAUAGAGAGGGAGGUUCCUGCCACAGAGUUCUUGUCUGGUAAGAUAUUCGGCGGGAAUGCGUCAUCGUAUCAACCGGCCGCAAAGUCGGUCACUCUCAACCCUCGUCAAAGUGGCUUUGUCGCACCAAAGUUCAACACUCCUCGACUGUCCAAUGCGGCUAAAGCUAUUCCAGAUGCGAAGGGCAAAGGCGUAGAUCGCACAAAUACCCAAGCGAAGCCGGCUGCAGCCCCACCUCAAUCUGUGGUAUCGGCCGCAGGUCUGUAUUGGACUGCUAAUUGGCGCCGCCCACAGGCCCGCAAGCACAAAGUAUGGGAGGGAUCAGGGGCUAUUUCGCUGGCCGACGGCCAGCUGAAGCUGGUGAACGAGGAAGGACAUACUGUUGGAGUCAAGGCUUGGAAGGGGGACCCACCAGAUUUUGGGGACGUGAUUAUCGUUGGAGGGCAUGAAGCGGAAAUCGACGCGCCUCUGUCCAGCGUUGAAUACGCAGCAUCAUUUAGGCCCCCUACAGUUCGCGUGGUCUCGGUCGAAGGGACAGGCGAGGAUGCCAUUGACGGUGCACCGGCGGCGGAAAUCGACCUUACAUAUGAUGUGUCCCCGGUCAAGAGCAAAUCUCCUGCCAAGAAUGGCACAACUCGCCCUUUUACUGGGCAACCUCUUUCCAAAUUCUCUAUCAAUGCGACACGUAAACCAACCAAUCAUGCGUUCAGGCCACCCACGAUGAAGACCGUCGAAACUGGAGUUGGGGCAACAGGUUGUUGGACUUCCAAUUGGCGCAAACGACAGACCAAGAAACACAAAUCAUGGGAAGGCUCCGGAAUCGUCGAACUUACCAACAAUACGAUGAAGCUUUACAAUGACAAGGGCCGCCUGCUCAAGACGAUGAGGUGGAAGUCCGAGGUGCCACUCACUGGUGUCACCUUUUCGAUAGACAAUCUCGAAGUGGAACUUCAGACUCCAGUGCCUAUGGAAGACCUCGAAUCAAAGACCUGCUUCGAGCCUGGGUACUCGCCCCCCGGAACAUCGACCAGCCUGGCACCUAUCGCCGCCAAUUCCACUUAUGUUGCUCCUCGUUCGUUCUAUGCUGCUCCAGAGAAGAAAGAGAAGCCCCCUGGCCCUUUGUACGACCCGGAUGCAGAUGGAGCUCUUGUCAUGCCAACUCCGAAUGAGGCACACCAGAAGAAAUAUAACACCAAAAACCUCCCGGUAGUGCCAGUAGUAGUCGAUCCGAUGCUAACUAAAUUUUUGCGUCCUCAUCAACGAGAAGGGAUUCAAUUCAUGUAUGAGAGUGUGAUGGGAAUGAGGACCCGGGAGCAACAUGGUUGUAUCCUUGCGGAUGAAAUGGGGUUGGGUAAAACUUUGCAGACGAUUGCCCUUGUCUGGACGCUGUUACGCAACCCAUCAGGCGCUGUGCCAGGGGUAAUUGGAAAGGCAUUAAUUAUCAGCGCAAUUGUUGAUACCACUCUUUCAGAACUGGAGAAAAGAGUUCAUAAAUGGCUUGGUCGAGACCGCCUUAGGGUAUUCGUGGGAGACAAGGACAAGAACAAUAUCAAACAAUUUAUGAACUCGAGAAUACACCACGUGCUGAUUAUUGGCUAUGAGAAGCUUCGAACGGUCAUCGACGAUUUAACUUACUGCACCCCGCCUAUUGGACUUAUUGUUUGCGACGAAGGUCACCGUCUCAAGUCUGCUCAAGCUAAAACUACCAAAAUGUUCGAAGCCCUAAAACGAACACCUCGACGAAUAAUUUUGUCAGGUACACCUAUUCAGAAUGAUUUGGGCGAGUUUCAUGCUAUGGCAGAUUUUUGUAAUUCCGGGAUGCUUGAGGAGUACCCGCGCUUUCGUAGAAUUUACGAAACGCCUAUUUUGAAGAGUCGGUCUCCCGAAGCGAGUGCAAAAGAUAUCGAGCUCGGGGCGGCACGAGCUGCGCAGCUCAAUGAGCUCGCCAAAUCAUUUGUGUUGAGAAGGACCGCAGAUAUCCUUACCAACUACCUCCCUCCUAAAACCGAAUACGUCUUGUUCGUACAGCCUACGGCACUACAGCUGUCGGUCUUUCAAAAGAUCCUUCGCCCGACCAUGUUCAAGAUUUGUCCGAUUAUGCUUGCCAAACCGGACAAAGGCGCUGGUGCCGAAAAUGGGAAGACGACCCGGACACUUGUUCAGGAAGCUUUGGGGCUUUUACCGCCUGGGGCAGCUCCGGAUGACAUUACUUUGAGUGGUAAACUAAUUGCACUUGCCACUCUUCUUAAACAGUUGCGACAAACAACAGAAGAGAAAUGUAUACUCGUAUCUCACUACACGUCGACACUGAACAUUGUGGAGGCAUACUGCCGUAGCGUGUAUUAUACCUAUAGUCGUUUGGAUGGCUCCACUGCAGUGACCAAACGCCAGCAACUUGUUGACGAAUUUAACCAAGCCAAGCAGUCGAAUAAAUUUUUAUUUCUCCUGAGCGCGAAAGCGGGCGGCGUUGGGCUGAAUUUAAUUGGUGCUUCCCGGUUAAUCCUAAUCGACAGCGACUGGAAUCCUUCCCACGACCUACAGUCGAUGGCUCGGAUUCAUCGUGAUGGACAGAAACGCCCCGUUUUUAUAUAUCGGUUGAUAACGACCGGCACCAUUGACGAGAAAAUUUAUCAACGACAGGUUACCAAGUUGGGCCUGAGUAACUCACUGAUGUCCGAGUCAUCCGGCAAGGAAGCUAAUUCGUCCUCAAAGUCAAGUGCGGACUCUUUCACCCAACGAGAUCUGCAAGAUAUUUUCAGCAUUCACCCGCAUACUCUAUGCCAAACUCACGAGCUCUUGCAAUGCCAUUGUUCAAACAGCGACCAUGUUGUGAGCUCGAAUGCCAACUCUGAUGACGAAUCAGAGCUUGUAGACCCCAGUGAACUAGCCAAGAGCGUUGGCAAGAAGUCUAGGAAAAAUGUUAUCAACGACUCGGAUUCAGAUUCCAGUUCAGAGUCCGAGGUAGAAAUGGGAUUCGUUCCUGCAUCCCAAGUCAAACCCAGUAAAAUGAGUAAAGCGGAAAAGAAACGAAGGCGUGAAGCCCUGGCUUCAUUAAGCCAAUGGAGGCAUAUAAAUUGCUUCAUGGAUGGCUGCUCCGAACUUAUUCAGGACCCUGUCCUUUUGCACAUCCUACAGGCGGCCGAUAGCACUAUGGUCUCGAGCUUUCUCGCGGACCAGUCCGGACAACAAAAAGACUGGGGUGGGAUGGUUAGCUAUGCGUUCGAGAAACGGUCGGGCUCCCAACUCACUUAG